CUGCGCAGUUGGCGCUUGGAGGAGACGUUAUCGCCCAGUGGCCGCCAAUCACGUCGCAUAUCACAAGAUCGUCCGCUGCUCGUCGUAGCGCGAGCAGCUCAAUCCUCCCCUCCCAGACACAUCUCUCUCACCUGUCUCCCUCUGCUCUCAUUUCUUCUUUGCUGGUUGCAGGAUCCCGCUUGCAGGCUCAUGGUCGUUCCCUCUCAUCUGAGCCCGUUUAUCCACAGUUUCGGGAUCACAUCUUUUUGACGCGGUUAGCGCUCGUCUUGCCCGGCCCUGCGCCACGUAGACGCUGAACACUGUUGUGUGCUCAAUAUUCGGUGCGCCCGCGAGAACUCCUUCUCCGCUUGCGAGAUCGUUGCUCAGGACUUUCUUGCGACUUCUGCCACACGGCUAACGAAGCGAUUUAAGGGAGCUUACGUCGCCACCUAAGCGCGCCCAUUAGCCGCCUACCCGCCAGCCGAUCGGCCUCCGGCUUGGUCAGAGCAAAGAGCAGCGACGACAGCGCGGCAGCAUCGCGGUAUAGGCGUGUCAUAAAAACCGGCUCAGGCACUGCCGAACCACGGCAGCGCCAUCUGUGACGACGCCGUUGUGAAAGCAGAGCCGGCCAGCCGCCUCCCCCUCCCUACCUACUUCCAAAGCCGCGGGGCAGCACUCUGAAGAAGAAGAUCUCGCGAAGUCCAAAGCCAGAUACAUCGGACGGAGGUAGCAUGUCGCAGGGCCCGCCAGAAGCAGCAGCGACUCCGUCAGAAGCACCUACUCAGAUGGGUGGCCAAGUACGGCCUGUUGAGACAGAAGGGACCAUGAGCGGAUUCACCGCCGUCAACGGUCGUGGCUCGCCGCCAACACCCGUACCGAAAACCUCGGCCACAGAUGGCUCGCGUGAGCAAGUGUCUCUUCCUCCAAGGGAGCUCUCGCAUCGGUCUGCCGUGGAGGGCGAGCUCCCUCAGCAGCAUGCAAAUGAGCCCGAACAUGAUAUGAACACCUCGCCAACGAACGGUCAUCACAAGCGAAAACGUUCUACGAGCGAUGUUGACGAGGCUCGUAGUUCUGGAGGAAGCGAGCGCAGCUCUAUCACACCAACUCAUGAGGCUCCUGAAGCUCAGAUGCAGGAUGCCACAGCAUAUUCCCGGUCAGCCACAGGAAACGCAGACAGCCAGUGGAACCCCCAACAGCCUGACGAACAAGCUGAACAGCUGCGCAUGCUCGCCCCGAUCCAGCGUGAGAAUCAGCAGUAUAACCAUGAUGGCUAUACCCCGGCGCAGAACUCGCAGAGUUCGAAUGGCCUGCGGCCUGGCUACCGCAAAGAUGAAGCCACUGGACUGAUCACGACAAACGCAGGUGUGCAGAUGGAUCCAAAGAAGCGCAAGAGGGCGUUCACGAAUCGAACCAAAACUGGCUGCCAAACCUGCAGACGACGCAAGAAGAAAUGCGACGAGGCGAAACCUGAAUGCAACAAUUGCACCAGAGGCGGCUUCAAGUGUGAGGGCUACACACCCAAAGUCUCGUGGCCGCCAGAGAACAAAAUGAAGUCCAACAAACAACCUUUACCACCAAAUUCACAUGUCCAACCCACCUCUCGGGACUUGCAAGAGUUUAGCGGGAAUUUGCAUCCGAGGCCAACGCCGAGAACGGAUUCGCAGCAAUAUAUGGACAUGUCCACACCAAUACAACCUAAUAUGCGAUCUCGUGCUAUAACAGUUGACGAUGAUUCUGAUCGAACUGUCACAAACGGUUGGCCGAAUUCUCCUUACGCAACUUCCCAUCGUGGGUACGGAAACGACAAAGACCCAGUCCAUGGUCUCCCGAUGCAUAACAAUUCCAUGGCUAUGCGCGACUCAUAUGACCGCCCCUUGAGCUCUAUGAGUUCUUCUGGAAUGCACAAUAUGUCCUCAAGCCACGGCAUGCAGCCCAGUCCCGGCAUCAUUCAUACCGCACAACAAGCGUUGCGCAAUACUCCGCAGCAGAUGAAUCCAAUGACUGGCUUUAAUGGCGUACCACACAUGAGCAGUGAGCGCCAGAAAAUGCAUGCCGGCGAGCUUUACUCACCCUUCUGCACCGAGCUAGAGGAGGAUCGUGAGAGGUGUGCCAAGGCGUUGUACACUUUCAAUAACAACAAUCACGCAAGUCGCGCAGAACGUAUGCGGCAUUUCCGCAAUGUUCUAACCCCUGAUUCACCUCACUCCGCGGGGCCGGUGAGGGUAGGAAAAGAUGCUACGGUCGACGUGCCUUUCAGGUGUGAAUAUGGCUAUAAUAUUACCCUUGGAAAGGAUGUAGUGAUCGAGGGCGGUUGUCACAUUAGUGAUCCACGACCUGUGCACAUUGACAAUGGUUCGUACAUUGGACCUGGUGUCAAGAUCAUGGGAAAAGUUCUACCCUUUGAUCCAGCUACCCGUGCUGGUGCAGCUAUGGAUGGCAAAGCCCGCGCGUUUGAAAUUCACAUUGGAAAGAACGUGCAUAUUGGUGCGAACAGUGUCGUGCAGCCCGAGGAGGACAUGAUUACGAAUGGCAGACUCGAAAUUGGAGAUGGGGCGUACAUCAAGCCCAACUCCGUUGUUAACAAAAGCGUACCACCCUACGUUAUAUACGGGCCACGCGGACCGGCUUGUGAUGUUCUCUCCGGCGUUGUUUCCCACGCGCCGUCGAAUGAGGAACGCAAAGGAAGGAUGAUGAGGUAGCAGCUUCCCAGAUAACAUCUCCAUGCUUUUUAUGGGUUAUGAUAAGUCGGGCGGCAGUGUUCUGUAAUACCAACAGGCUAGCAGAAUGUCCCUCCUCCACGCGCUGAGCGCAGCUCUAGCCUUGUGCUUGGUUGCUACUUAAUAUUAACAAAGUAAAAAAAAAAAAGUAGUCG